AUGGCGGCCAAGGGCUCCGGCCUGACACGUAACGAUCCUCGCUCUACAUCACAGGAAUCUCUGGUUCCUGCGGUGGGGGAGCAAAGCGAGCGCAGAAAGUUGUUGCUCGUCUACAUUCACGGUUUCAUGGGAAAUGAAACGAGUUUCCGCAGCUUCCCAGCGCAUGUCCACAGCAUUCUUGCAGUCCUGCUGGCCGAGACUCAUGUAGUUCACACCAAGAUAUACCCACGCUAUCGGUCCAGAGGGAACAUCACCGUCGCCCGAGAUAGUUUCAGCGACUGGAUCGAGCCGCAUCAAGACCCUCUGACCGAUGUCGUGCUGCUGGGCCACAGCAUGGGCGGGCUACUGUGCGCUGAGAUUGUACUAAUGCCGCCCAGCCACCAAGCAAGCCGAGCUCUCAAUCAUCUCAUCCUCGGCACAAUCAAUUUUGAUGUCCCAUUUCUGGGAAUGCACCCGGGUGUUGUCAAAAGUGGUCUGGCGAGUCUCUUCUCACCUGCCGAAGAACCACGCGAUGCCGUCCCUGAGUCAUCAUCUCCAGUCCCUGUCGGCGAUGGCGGACCUGGUGGAGGAGUCGGACCAGCAAUAGCCGCCGCUCCGUCUCGAGCGGACACCUUCUGGUCAGGCGGGAUGACCGACCCAAACUACAAUCCUCAUUUCGGAAACGACACUGUGCUACCCGUACGGAAGGGCUGGCAGAGCGCGUGGCACUUCAUCACGAAGCAUUCAGACGAUCUCACAGGCGGAGUGAAGAAACUAGUCACCUCUCAUCUCGAGUUUGGCGGUGCGAUGGCUAACUAUAGUGAACUCAAGACUCGCUAUGCUAGGAUACGUGCACUAGAGGAGGAAGAUGAGCGUAUUCGCCAAUCUGUUGUUGAAGGUGGAAUACCACCAAGGGUCCGAUUUAUCAACUAUUACACAGCAAGCACCGGACGGCCUAAAAAGCCAACGACCCCUUCACGCAAAACGUCCGACAUUGCCGGUGAUCGGGAGCAGAGUAGGCGACCCUCCACGGAUAUUCCAGAUCUGGCCCUGAGUGGCGAAGACUGCGCUGGUGGGUCCGAGGUCGACGACGCCCGCUUGGACACGAAGAUGCGGUCUCCUUCGACUUCUAGUAGCAGGAACAGCAAGCAAGGGACAGGGGCAAGUGACGCGAAAGUAGCUCGCAGUCCAUCUCCCGUUGGAAUGAUGAGCCUUAGCCCAAGACCAGAGCCUGAAGAUCCGGAGGAAGACUUUGACGAUGCGAUGGAGACUCUCACCAUCGGCGACACAAACAUGUCUAGUGCUUCAGCACAUGACGUGAUCGUACCAUCGUCUUCGUCUGUAGACUCGCCUAGCGUCGCAUCUUCGAUGCCCGUCGAUCUUGAAGGUCUUUUGCCACCUCUACCCGCGGCCCCGCCACCGCUAGACGUCAGCUUCAUAACAGACAAGGGGACACGCAAACUCGUCGAGAAGGAACAUGCGAAAGCGGUCAAGAAUUACGAGAAAGCAGUCAAAAAUCGUGCCAAGCUGAUUGAAGAUCACAAGAAAGCUACCGAGAAGCAGGCCCGGAAGGACCAGAAGGCCAUUAGUAUAGCUCAGCGGAAGGAAUCCGAAGCCAAAAAAAAGUCCGAUGCCGACAUGACGCACAACGAACGCGAGGCGCUGCGGAUGGAGCAAGAAAGAAAGCGUAUGGAGGCGGAAAGUCGGAGACUGCGCGGAGAGAAAUCACCCACUCGGGAGGACACCCCAGAAUCAGACACAAGACCAAGCAUGGAGACCAGAGAGCCCUCGAGUGUGACGGUCUCUACGAUGCAUACCGCGAAUGAAGAAGACACAAACUCGCUAGCGCCACAGAAUAGCAAAAAGGAGGACGACAAGACUCCGCCCAAAGACCGCAUGUUCUGCACCUUGCCGCCAAAGGACUCCAAUGGCGAGCGAGAUCCAUGCUGGUUACGUGUUUUCAUGAAGAAUGUAGACGAAGUUGGCGCACAUUGUGGCUUGUUCUUUGUCGAUGAAAGGUAUGAGAAGCUGGUGGGUGAUGUGGCGGAGCGAAUCGAGGGUUGGGUCAAGGAAGACAUCAAUCUUCGCCUGCUGCAGACAAUGAGGGCAUGA